AUGGACACCAAGGACGUCGAGUCCUCCCCGACCAGGACAGUCAGUGCUGCCGGCUCCGUCUCGACGGCCAAUGUCGGCCGCGAUGCGCUCGCCGGCGUGACGCCUCCGCACGAGAGUUACGAGGGCAGGCACCGCUUCGACCCAACAGCAAAGUGGACCGACGACGAAGAGCGCCGGGUCGUGCGCAAGACAGACAUACGCCUGCUCUCGGCCCUCUGUGUCAUGUUCUUCGGCCUGCAGCUCGACCGUGGCAACCUGUCCAACGCUCUGGCCGACAACCUGCUGGAUGACCUCAACCUCUCGACCGACGACUACAACAACGGCACCACGAUCCAGCUCCUGUGCUUCCUGGCCGCCGAGUUCCCUGCCCAGGUCCUCAUCAAGCGCUACGGCUUCAAAUACAUCCUGCCCACCAUGAUGUUCCUCUGGGGGACAGUCUCAUGGGCUCAAGCGUGGAUGACUGGCCGCACCUCCUUCUACAUCACUCGCGCCUUCAUCGGAAUGUGCGAAGGUGGUUUCAUACCGGGCACAAUCCUCUUUGCCACGUACUUCUACAAAUCGAAAGAGUUGUCCCUGCGGCUGGCCGCCUUCUGGUCCACCCUCAAUAUUGCGCGGGUCAUCUCUGCCUUGCUAGCAGCAGGAAUCCUUGAGAUGCGAGGCAUCGGAGGCAAACCUGGGUGGUUCUGGCUCUUCUUGCUUGAGGGUCUGCUGACCUGCGUCAUUGCCGUCGUGGCGUUCCUAUACCUCCCAACCUCUCCUGUGUCAACCAAGGGACCCCUCUGGCGGAAGCCCUGGUACACGGAGCGCGAAGAGGUCAUCAUGGUCAACCGGAUCUUGCGUGACGACCCGGCAAAGGGCCUCACGGCGAUCAAGGAGCCUGUUGCCUGGAAAGAUGUGCGCGAGGCGUGGACAGACAAGUCCAUGUGGGGACUAUACUUUGUUGGCCUGGUCGCUUAUAUCCCCGCCACUCCCGUGCAGUCAUACCUGACCUUGACCCUCAAGAGGCUCGGGUUCUCCACUUUCAACUCCAACAUGUUGACCAUCCCUUCGGCGGUCCUCCAGAUCAUCACCAUGCUGUCGCUGGCAUUCAGCAGCGAUUACUUCAACGAGCGGGCGUUCCACGCCUUCUUCGGCGAGUUCUGGAUCAUGCCCUUGCUGAUUGCAAUGCUGACGAUUCCGGACGGGGGCCGGGACUGGGGCCGCUUCUCGCUCGUCACCUUGAUCUCGGGGUACCCGUAUUUCCACCCCAUCAUCUCAAGUUGGCUUUCCGAGAACACCUUCGACGUGAAGAAGCGCGCCAUCACCGCGGCGACUUACAACGUGAUCGUACAGAUUGGGAGCCUUGUCGGGUCGCAGAUCUAUAGGAAAUGGGAUUCACCGUACUACAAGCACGGCAAUGCGGUCCUGCUGGCCAUCUGUGUGCUGUCGCUGGCCUCGAUCUUGGUGCAGCGGCAGGUCUUGAUAUACUUGAACAGGAAGAAGGAGAGGCAGUGGCAGACGAUGAGCGCUGAGGAGAUGGCUGCGUACCAGAGCAACACGGAGGCGAGGGAGAGUGAAGGGAACAAAAGGCUGGACUUCCGUUUCGUGUAUUGA